ACAUUAUAAAAACAAACACCACUCUUUCACUCAGUCUCUCCUCAUUUUCCUUUUAAACACUCUAUCGUUCUUCAUUCAACUCUUAAAUCUGCAACUGCAAAGGGAAUUAGAGAAUAGAGUGAAUGGCUGCUUUAUCCUUCUUUGCAGCUUGUACUCAUGACUCAAUGUCAGCUUCACAUUCUGUUUUGAACUCAAGCUUCAUAGAUCGGCACUCAAAACUGUUCUUCAUGAGAACGCCGUGUUUGAAUAUUUCUCGAAGACGUCUUUCUGUAAGGAAUGUCGCCAGCGACCAGAAGCAGAAAGCUAAGGAGCCUAAAGCUGAUGAAGAAGCUUCUCUGGCUACAUUUGUCCCUGAUUCAGGGACCAUUGCCUCAAGUAUUAAAUAUCAUGCAGAAUUUACCCCUUCUUUCUCUACGGAAAGCUUUGAGCUGCCAAAGGCAUUCUAUGCAACUGCUGAGAGUGUCCGUGAUAUGCUGAUCAUAAAUUGGAAUCUUACAUAUGAUUACUAUGAAAAGAUGAAUGUAAAGCAGGCAUAUUAUCUGUCUAUGGAGUAUCUACAGGGUAGAGCAUUGCUAAAUGCAAUUGGUAAUUUAGAGCUCUCAGGGCCUUAUGCUGAGGCUUUGAAAAAGUUGGGUCACAAUCUAGAGGAUGUAGCUGGGCAGGAACCAGAUGCUGCACUUGGUAAUGGAGGUUUAGGACGGCUUGCUUCCUGCUUCCUGGACUCCCUGGCAACGCUAAAUUACCCUGCUUGGGGAUAUGGACUCAGAUACAAGUAUGGCUUGUUUAAACAGCUUAUUACUAAAGAUGGCCAGGAAGAAGUUGCAGAAAGGUGGCUAGAGAUGGGCAGUCCAUGGGAGAUUGUGAGAAAUGAUGUAUCCUAUCCUGUACAAUUCUAUGGAAAAGUCAUUUUCGGGCCAGAUGGAAGUAAAAAAUGGGUUGGAGGAGAAAAUAUAGUGGUUGUUGCCUAUGAUGUCCCAAUUCCAGGAUAUAAAACUAAAACCACAAUCAACCUUCGCCUAUGGUCCACCAAAGUUGCACCAGAAGAAUUUGAUUUAGGUGCUUUCAAUGCAGGAGAUCAUGCCAAAGCAUAUGCUGCAAUAAAAAAUGCUGAAAAGAUUUGCUACAUAUUAUACCCUGGGGAUGAAUCCAUUGAAGGAAAGACUCUCCGGUUAAAACAACAGUAUACACUAUGCUCUGCUUCGCUUCAAGAUAUCAUUGCACGGUAUGAAAGAAGAUCAGGGGAUUCUGUGAAUUGGGAAAAUUUUCCUGAAAAGGUUGCAGUGCAGAUGAAUGAUACACACCCAACACUAUGCAUCCCAGAACUGAUUAGAAUAUUGAUGGAUGUGAAGGGUUUGAGCUGGAAGGAAGCUUGGGAUAUUACUCAAAGAACUGUCGCAUACACAAACCACACUGUUUUACCUGAGGCACUGGAGAAAUGGAGUUUGGACCUUAUGCAGGAUCUGCUUCCUCGACAUGUUGAGAUUAUAAAGAUGAUUGAUGAGGAGCUUAUUGAAACCAUAAUAGCCAAUUAUGGCACAGAGGACCUUGAUUUGUUGCAACAAAAACUGAAACAAAUGAGAAUUCUAGAUAACAUUGAGUUGCCUGAGUCGGUUGCUGAAUUGUUUGUUAAGUCAAGAGAAAAUCCUGCUACUGAUCCAGUUGAGGAAGUUGAUAUUUCUGAUGAAACUAAACUUACUGGUGAAGAAGAAUCAGAGGAACAGGAAAUGGAGAAAACAAAUGUAGUGGCAUCUGAACCAGAUCCCCCACUACCAAAGUUGGUCCACAUGGCAAAUCUCUGUCUUGUCGGUGGGUAUGCAGUGAAUGGAGUUGCUGAGAUUCAUAGUGAGAUAGUGAAAAAUGAAGUAUUUAAUGAUUUCUAUGAGUUGUGGCCAGAGAAAUUUCAAAAUAAAACAAAUGGUGUGACACCACGAAGAUGGAUUCUUUUUUGCAAUCCUGAUCUCAGUAAAAUCAUAACCAAAUGGACUGGGACAGAAGACUGGGUGACAAACACUGAGAAAUUGGCCACACUCCGUAAGUUUGCAGAUAAUGAAGAUCUUCAAUCAGAAUGGAGAGAAGCAAAAAGAAGGAACAAGAUAAAGGUUGCAUCCUUCCUCAAAGAGAAAACUGGAUGUAUUGUCAACCCUGAUGCCAUGUUUGAUGUACAGGUGAAGCGCAUCCAUGAGUACAAGCGGCAAUUAUUGAACAUUAUGGGAAUAAUUUACCGCUAUAAAAAAAUGAAAGAAACAAAUUCCAAGGAAAGAAAAACAAACUUUGUACCUCGGGUAUGCAUAUUUGGAGGAAAAGCAUUUGCUACAUAUGUCCAAGCCAAGAGGAUAGUAAAAUUCAUCACUGAUGUUGGGGCUACAGUGAACCAUGAUCCAGAAAUAGGAGAUCUUCUAAAGGUAGUGUUUGUUCCGGAUUACAAUGUCAGCGUUGCAGAGAUGCUCAUCCCUGGCAGUGAGCUCUCGCAGCAUAUAAGUACGGCUGGAAUGGAGGCCAGUGGAACCAGCAAUAUGAAAUUUGCAAUGAAUGGUUGCCUCCUAAUUGGAACAUUAGAUGGAGCUAAUGUUGAAAUAAGGGAAGAAGUUGGAGAAGAUAACUUUUUCCUCUUCGGUGCUCGAGCUCAUGAAAUUGCUGGUCUAAGGAAAGAAAGGGCUGAGGGCAAGUUUGUGGCAGACCCCCAGUUUGAAGAAGUGAAGGAAUUUGUGAGAAGUGGUGUUUUUGGUCCCUACAAUUAUGAAGAACUAAUGGGAUCCUUGGAAGGAAAUGAAGGUUAUGGCCGCGCUGAUUAUUUCCUUGUUGGCAAGGACUUCCGUUAUAUAGAGUGCCAGGACAAGGUUAAUGAGGCAUACCGAGACCAGAAAAAAUGGACCAGAAUGUCAAUUUUGAACACAGCCGGCUCAUACAAGUUCAGCAGUGACCGAACAAUUCAUGAAUAUGCCAGAGACAUAUGGAAGAUCAAACCUGUCAAGCUGCCAUGAAAGGUGCGUAACCAUUUUAAUUGAACCCACAUAAGGAAAUGUUGAUAUAGAUUCAUUGUCGUAGCUAAAUGGUAUGUAGCAUUUGUAGAGUUGAGAGUGCAAGAGAUAUUAGUAUAAAAUGGAGAGGGAAAUAUUUCUUAUAAGUAAUGGCUACACUAUUUUCCUGUUGGUCGUUCAAUCAAUAAAUGUAUUUCACUUGCAUUGUA